GCGCUAUCCAUAAUGAGAAAAAAAAAACAAAGAUGUCAGGAGUUUUGGUUUUGUUUAGACCAGCAACAUGACUCGUUUGUAAAAUUGUCAGCCCUAUCUUCGAAAUGGAGGACAGUUUGCCUAGGCCUGUCUACCUCUUGUGCUUAACCACUGCCGGUGGAGUUCCGCUCUUCACAAGGACGAAAGGAGUAGAGAAACAAUUAGCCUUUGCAGAGAUAGGCAUGUUGUAUGGAGUGCAGAUGUUUGCGCAGAACCAUGAUGUUGAGCUGCAAAGUACGACGACAGAGAAUUCUCGUAUACUGUGGAAAGUGUUCUGUGACAGCAUUACCUUAAUCUUAGUUGUAAAUGAUGAUGACGAUGAGGAUCUCCAUCAUUUAAAUCUUCUAAACCAAGUUUUCAAUGCAAUGGUGUUUUUUGUUGGAUUGGAUAGUUUGGAAAACAUAAAAAAUGUAGAGCGUCUUCGGAAAGACUUAAAGUGUUGUUACCCUGUUGUUGAUUCACUUCUUGGCAAUUCAGAUUUCCUUGGUUCUAUCACAAAUUCUGUUGAUGUUAGCAUCUUUCCAGAUUACCAAACACUUCAGGAUCCUUUAGAAAUGUUUGUGAAUUCAGCAGGCAGCACACACGGUUGUAUCCACUCAAAUGGAUAUCUUGUGUGUGCAACCAACAAAUGGUGGACCCUCACUGGAUCCGAGUUAAACCUUCUGGCGAUAUUCAUAAGAACUCUACCAGAAAACACAGCGUCGGAUGUGCCUGUGUACCUCCCAGAUGCAAGUCCUAAGAUUCCACAUCGGUUGCUAAGCAUUCACCUUUUAAGUGGAAUAGUAGUGAGCGUAAUGUGUGGACCUACACCCUCAUUGGAGGCCGUCAAGUCUCAGUUGGUGGAGGCAUGCUGGCUACCUCACGUAGAAGUAUUGAGGGCUUGUUUAAAUAUGGGAUCGAGGAAUGUACCGGCCAGUGUUGAGGUUGACCAAGGGGUUAUAGGAUUAUUAUUUAUCAACUAUGUUCAAAGGAAGUGCUUAGCAACCGUCCAGUUACCAAAGCCACCUGGGAUUUCUGAAAACCGUUUGCCAAGUUACGAGCGACGUCUGGAACUGUUAUCCUGUUUCUAUAGAAACACAGUGGGUGCAAUAUUUCCACCAAUAAAACAAGAUGAAACAGAAAUAGACUCGCCAUUCACCCACACGCCUAAGGAGACUUACAUGUGCGGCCUGGAAUACAAGGCAUAUGCCAUCGACGCUAAGCCCUGUCAGCUAUUCGUUUUAUAUGCAUCAAGCGUACCACAGUAUGCACUUAGGUCACUGAGUCAAAAGCUGUUCAGCAGUUUGAAAAAGGAAAAAAUGUUUAGUACAGACAAGAAAGGAAGUUGAAGGGUUAAAAUACAGAGUGAACCCUCUCAAGAAGAAUAAGAUUAGGAUGAUGAUUGUCUAACAUCUCUGAACAACACUGAGGUCAAGUGCUGUGUAUCGCAUCAGGACAUCUCCCUCAAGAGUCGUAGUAUACCAGCCAUCGAAGGUCACGAUAAAGAUCUGUUGAAAAAUCUUAAAAGAAGACUGAAAGAUGAAUGGCAGUUGAAAUUUAAAUUGGUUUUAAAACCUUGGAAGUCUUUGUUGAAAAUAGAAUAGAUGAAAUAGAAGAUAUAUAUUAUGAGGCAUGUUGUGGCAAAAUGGUUAAGUUGUAGCAAAAAUUGAAAUUCAAGUUAUUGGUAUUUUCAGAUACCUGAGUAUGUGAUCUUUAAAAUGAGGGGUCAUUCAUUGAAAUUGCACAUUUC